CAACCAGAAAACCCAAAGCAUUAUUAGUCUAUAAAUUGAAAGUUCUCUAUUAAAAAAAACAAUCAUACCAAGCGAGGAAUUAAGAUUUAAGAAUAUGGAGUCGACCACAACCACCAUCAUCUUCUUUCUCUUCUCCAUUGCCAACUUCCUCUCUCUGCCCACUCCAAUCACUGCUGCAUCCUCAUCACCUGUAACAGCAGUCUUCGCCUUCGGUGACUCCACCUUAGAUUCCGGCAACAACAACCACCUCACAACCCUCUGCCGGAGCGACCACCCCCCUUACGGCCGCGACUUCCCCGGCCAAGUCCCUUCCGGGAGGUUCUCAAACGGAAAGCUAGCAACAGACUUCAUGGUGUCGCAGUUGGGCCUCAAGGACCUCUUGCCUGCAUAUUUAGACCCUGCAGUCACCGACCAAGACUUGAUGACCGGUGCGAGUUUCGCCUCCGGUGGCUCGGGUCUGGACGAUUUGACCGCGACCGAGUCGGCCGUGUUGACCAUGUCGACUCAGUUGCAGUACUUGGAGGAAGCAUUGCAGAGAAUAGAGAAAACAGGUGGGUCUGGAUCAGCGGAGGCGAGCCACGUAGUUGAAAACGCAUUGUUUUUUAUUGCAGCCGGAACUAAUGAUAUGGUGUUCAAUUUUUAUGGUCUGCCCACUCGGAGUAUUGGGUAUUCGUUGUCAGGCUACCUUGACUUUCUGCUUCAAAAACUGGAGUCAAUUAUAAAGAGGCUGUACAAGAUGGGAGCGCGAAGGUUUGCCGUAACAGGACUGCCACCGAUUGGGUGUCUGCCGGUGCUAGUGACUUUUGGCAGCGUGGUGCCGAGCCCACACAUGUUUCAAAGGGUGUGUGUUGAUCAGCAGAACGUGGAUUCUCAGGCCUACAACACCAAACUUGAAGCCCUCACUUCCACUUUACAAAGUACCCUCCAGGGCGCCAAAGUCGCCUACAAUGAUGUCUACAAUCCCAUCCUUGACAUGAUCACCAAACCAGCCAAAUAUGGCUUUGAACACACACUUGAAGGAUGCUGUGGGACAGGCACUCUGGAGGUAGGUCCUAUGUGCAAUGCGAUCGAUCUAACGUGCUCCGAUCCAUCCAAAUACCUGUUUUGGGACGCUGUUCAUCCUACACAAGCUGCUUACCGGUUUAUUGCCCAUAAUUUUAUGCAGACUGUGCUUCCCCGCCUUGUCGGAUAG